AGAGCCAAGACCUGAAUAACAGGAACUAUAUAGAAAUUGACGACGAGUCGAACAAUGAGGAUGGUACUAGGAAGCCGACGGCGAGAAUCCAGCCGGGGCUACAGCCCAGCCCAGGGUCGUCAACCGCGAUUUCCGCAGUCAACACUCCCCCGCAGCUCAAACAUCGUCCAUUUCCAACCUCCACAACGUCGAUAGAACCGAGCCAAGGGUUGAGGAGUAAUGGGCAAGUGCCACAGCUCUCUGACUCACGCCAGCAUGGCAAGGAGAUCUACUGUGAAACGCCCAUCUCAGAGGAGAUGAACGCGCUUAUUCAACUGACAGCAAAUGAGGUGACCAAAAGAAUGCUUGCCGAUCACGAGAAGAUAGAGCAGCUCACAGCCGAGGUCAAGGAGCUUCUGACCCAACUGAAGAAGCAUACUGGAACGCAGGACGUUUGGAGUGCUGCGGAUCCGCCUCCCGUGAUCCCGAGCAUCGAGAGAGACCCGACCCAACAGCCGAGCCGAGCCGCGCUAGAAUGGAAGUACAUACAUGCGCCUAUCCGCGGAUACAGCGACGAUGUCCGCGAACAUACUUACGUCCCGUCUACUGAUGUGGCUGAGGAGGAUGAUGAGGGUGCGGAGGCUGACGCCGAGGACGAUCCCAGUACAAGUAGGGAGUCAACGGAAGAGCAUGAGGAAGAUGAGGUGGUGUUGCCGUCCGUCGAAAGCCGAUCUGUGUCCAAGUCUGAAUGUACUGCUCCGUCCACUUCAACUUGGCGGAAACGGAAGCGAAGAGAUGACAAGCGGAACACCUGCGCCAUCACGACCACCUCUGGCACCAAGAAGAGACCACGCCGUGAGCAAAAGGAGAACGCGGGAAAGCAGGGUCGCGAAAUGAAGGGAAGUACGAGGAACCCGAUAGUUAUAGUGGUCUCGGACGAUGAGGGAAAGCGCAAUCAGGAGGAUGGACAGCAUCAGGCGGCGGCAGGAGAGGAGAACGAGAAGCAGAGCAAGAAGGAAACGCCGGUGGUGAAUCCGUAUCUCGAGAAAAUUGCCCAGGAGCGAGCCCGCCUCCAAGCCUUGAUGGCACAGUCAGGACUUUUGGGGCAAGCAAAACGCGGAGGCGGCCGAGGUCAUGCUAAUGUUUCGACUAAACGUAGGCCCAGAUAAGAGGGCAAGAAUGUAGUGAAUGCGUAACGAGGAGGAGUGCAAACCUUCUGCUUCGGAUUGCGGCCACAUCGACCUCACUUUGAUCAUCAAAACGGGAAUCCUUUAGGGAGUAAUCCG